UUAACCUUUAGUGAAUGGGACUGACAACAUCAGGGGAGAGACAGCUCCUCGGUGCAGUUCUCCUCUCCAUUGUGCCGGGGGAUUUUUAAUUGGCCGGGAAGGUUUGAGGCGACAGAGACGAGAGACGGUUAGUAAUACACAAAUGACAGACUGACAGAUCUGCAGACAGACGGCCUUCACUCUAGUGGAAAACAUGCAAAUGUCCCACUGUGAAGUGUGUUGUGUCCCUUUUUAGCUUUGUGUGAAAUUCGAAUGUGUUUUUGGUCCAUUUGUGUUUGCAUGCGUGUACAGUAUCCAUGUGAAUACGACGUUGCAAAGAGACAUCAGUCAGUGGCAGUAUCAUUAAACCCUAACCCCCAAAUCUGUAUCGGUAGAUAAAUGAUUUAUCUGCCUCUGUCCGUUGCUUCUGCUCGUUAAUGCCUUCACCUAGCGUUGUCUGCAAAUGCAUCUGCAGCACAGCAGAUAUUUGUGCACACAUUGUCUUAGCUUAAAUUUAGUAUGUUGCAUCCAUGCAAACACCUCGCCCAGCAUAUGCGUUUACUUGUGGAUGACAUAUGGCUGCUGUUAUGCAUGCAUUGUGUCAUGCGUAAAUUGGUGUUAAUUUUCCGACUCUGCAGCCAUGAUAUGUGCAUUGGAGUGUGCGCGGGAAGUGAUCCUACCGUAGAGCGUCUGUCAAAAUCUGUUCUUCCCGCAUGCAUGAGUUGAGUGGACGCUCUGGAAUCAUAAGCUGACGGUGUGUGUGAAUAUACGUUCGGAACCAUACUUUUCAAGACUUGUGUAAACUAUUAAAUCGGGUAACAUUUCACAUUGUCUGUUGCAAGUGUGGCGGAAAAAAAAGCUACGCAACCGGUCGUGGAGUAUCUUAUGCAAUUAUCUUCCUUCUAGGCUACGUGCCAGAACAUGCAAUUACACAGCACCGUGGCAUACACCCAUACCCAACACACUCACCUCGGGGUGACCUAUAUUUUCUCAGAAAACAGUGGAUAAAUGCCGGUAUAAUCAAUAAUUCACAUGAAAGGUUCCUUGGAGGAAUGCCAAGGAACUACAGAGUGGCAUCAUCUCCGCUUUGUUGGGAUUAAUAUCGCAGCCCGCUGAUGCUCUGCCGCGCGGCAACGUGAGAGCGGCCGAGACAAAGAGUGUCAAGUCCACAGGCAUGACGUGGGAUCCAGUUCUGCCGAAACCGGACACCCUCGCUCCGACCAGCACUCGGUAGUUUAGUGCUGAACAACAGAGAGCAGUUGUCCAGUUGAUUGAGAGGUGUGAAUGAUAGAGCUCCUAACACCAUGGAUAUGGACACGCAGCCACAAGGACAGCAAGCAGCCGUUCCAGUCUUUCAACCCCAGAAACCGUUGCAACCAGACAUGGGCCACAACUCGCUGGCGAACUUCCAGAUUGAGAAGAAGAUCGGACGCGGCCAGUUCAGUGAGGUGUACCGGGCGAGGUACCUGUUAGACAACACGUCAGUGGCCCUGAAGAAAGUCCAGAUAUUCGACUUGAUGGAUGCCAAAGCUCGGCAAGAUUGCAUCAAAGAAAUAGAUCUCCUUAAGCAACUGAACCACCCCAACGUGAUAAAGUACCAUGCGUCUUUUAUUGAGGACAAUGAGCUGAAUAUAGUCCUGGAGCUAGCCGAUGCAGGGGACCUCUCACGUAUGAUCAAGCACUUUAAGAAGCAGAGGAGGCUUAUCCCAGAGAGAACAGUGUGGAAAUACUUUGUCCAGCUCUGCAGUGCGCUCGAACACAUGCACUCCCGGAGAGUCAUGCACAGAGAUAUCAAGCCAGCCAAUGUAUUCAUCACAGCUACAGGAGUAGUGAAACUAGGGGACUUGGGACUGGGCCGAUUUUUCAGCUCCAAAACAACCGCUGCUCACUCACUAGUGGGUACUCCUUACUACAUGUCACCGGAGAGGAUACAUGAAAACGGAUACAACUUCAAAUCUGACAUCUGGUCGCUAGGAUGCCUGCUCUACGAGAUGGCAGCCCUGCAGAGUCCGUUCUACGGGGAUAAGAUGAACCUUUACUCCCUUUGUAAGAAGAUAGAACAGUGUGACUACCCCCCUCUUCCCUCAGACCACUACUCAGAGGAGCUGAGGAACGUGGUAGAUAUGUGCAUCAACCCCGACCCGGAGAAGAGGCCGGACAUCGCCUAUGUGUACAACAUUGCCAAACACAUGCAGAACCAGACACAGGGCAGCUAAGCCCGGAGUUUCACACACAUAGCUCGCAGAACUCCUCCCCCACUUCUCUCCCUGCUUUUCAUGCUCGACUCGGACACAUCUGUCUGCUUUUAUACAAUUUAGCUCUUUGUGAUAAAUAGUAUGUGUAACGGAUUUAUUUUCAAGGUGAUACAGUUUACAACAUGACUGACAUCCAAAACCUUCUCUGCCCUAGGAUAAAGACUAUAGAGAUUAUACCUUUUUUAUCAGAUGGACCUCUGAUUCCUUAGACUUCAAUAUUGUUACAGCACUGAACAUCAGUGUUCUGUAACUCACUGAUGUGUUAUUUGCGAUGGCUUUUAAACGCAUGUCCUCUGUAUUUCCAUGUAGUGAAGUUAAGCCGUUCUUCAGCAGCCGCUGUGAGCAGAUGCUAUUUAAAGCAGACAAACUGGAGAAUUGAAUUCUUUGUUUUUGUUUUUUUUAAAGGGAGUUAGGUGUUACAUGCUCCCGAUCCUCAAAACAGUUAAUCAAGACAAAGAUCAGGUACAUAUAAAAAUGACCUUUUGAGAGUUUGGUAGGACUCAUGAGACCUGUGGUCAGCAGCAAAAGAAACAAAAGAAGACCAUGAAAACUGAGGGCAAUAGUUAAAUUAGAGUGGAGAGAUUUGAGUGUUUUUGAUGGCUGAAGCGUUGCCGUGUUGCACUUUCUACCCUGGUAAUGGAAGGCUGGCAGGAUGAUCAUGUCUAAUGAAUGUAUUAGGAAAGGAAGGAUGAUUUAGAGGGUAGACUAGAGAUGUGCCGGGGGGAGAACAUGGGCAAAUGUCUCCACAACACUUUGAAUGCAAGUCAUUUUGACACCGAUGUAUUGUCUUUGAAAAAUUCAGAAUAUCUCUUUUUUUUUUUUUGACAGCCUAGAAGGAGCGGUAAGCUUUAAGAAAAGCAGUUUUACGUCUGCUGUUUACCUUAGUCACUGACACCAAAAGACUCCUUCCUUGGUUUAACUUACGGUAUUUUUCCUUUUUUUUGUAAAUCACAACGAAGACAUGACAAAAAAAGAAGAAUCUAAAGUCAAAACGCAAAGUUCUCCCUCACGGCCCAGUGGCUGCAUUUGACCCCCCAGAAAGUUAGUCUGUUUUGUGAUCGUUAAUGUCGCGUAAGUUUGCAGCGUCGUCGUCUUGUUAAGUAACAAACAAACUUGAAGAGAGAGCAGAUCCUCGCCUUUGUGAAGCCGUCCAUGUCAUAAGUAAAUCACAGCGUACCUAACCUUUGAGAUACCAAAGAGAAAGUCACACAUAGAAAGAGCAGUUUAUAUAUGUUAAGGUGUCUUUCAUGAAAAUAAUAUGUUAAAGUAUUGUACUGAGAAAAGCAAGCACCAACGGUCCUCUUUUUGUUUUGCUGUACAUAUUGUAGCGUAGACGUUGCGAUAGAUUCAAUGCUGUCGGGUUUUAGGAACCCUUUAUUCAUUUGGUGGAACAGCUUUUUUCUAUUCUUUUUUACAGUGAGUAGGUUUACACCAGUGGGUCACAAAUACACAACACUCACGACCACUAGUUUACAAAAUAACAACGAUACCACAUGAAAGGUACAGUCAGUAAUUAAUGAUCAAUGACGCUUUAAUUUAGCGUCUUACCAAAACGUCUUUAAACGUCAUCAAAUAGCCUGUUAACCGCUCAUUGGAAUUAUUGUACGUGUAUGCCCCAUGUUUCUUUUUCUACUUAACCUUCAAUACUACUUACAUGUGUUAUAUUCAAAAUCAAAGCUUAUAAGUGCAAGAAAAUGUAAGUUAUUUUGUUUUGGUCAGCAUAACAUUUUGACGUGUGUUGAUAGUUAUUUGUCUUGAGACUUGCAAAUACAAUGUUAACCUUUCUCUCUUCCCCCCCCCCCCCCCACUGCAGUAAAACUGUUUUGUUUUCAGUUAAUAUCUUGUUCAUGUUCUUCAGCUGUUUGUCUCUACAUUCUCCUAACGACAGCAUCUGUAACAUUUAAGUUUUUAAUCACUUUUAGAUAUUGAGUUUUGAUGCUUUACAGAACUCCUUAAAUACAUUAUUUACCAGCAAAAUACUAAAAUGCUGACUCUUAUUUUUUUAUUGACAUGUAAAUUAAUGCCCAUUCACAACGCCAACGCACCAUCAUCGGUUAUGAAAAUGCUCCAGAAAAGAAUAUUCAUUGAACGUCGCCUAGUUAGUUAUUAACAUGCAAUAUGCAGUGCAUAGUCGAGUUUUAAUUGAAUUUUUUAAAAUCCUCACUAGCAGGUUUAUAGCACACAGUGCAGAGUCACUUUUAAGGAUUAUGGCCAUUUGUUGGUGGGGAGCGUUUUUGUCUUUGUGUAACAUGUGACCGUGCUCUCCUUGAUCUCUGCCGUUUACCUCGGCUCAGUUUGCUCGUCCACAGGCCCUCUGGGUAGUCCACAAAUUAGAAUAUUGCAAAUAAUAUUUAUUGUUUUAGUUGUUUUUGUUGUUUUCUGAACAUCAUGUCAAAUUAAAGACCCUCAUCACAAACUCCUUGUAUACUGACUAAAUGCAAUAAAGCUUUCAAACUUC